AUGCCGCCUCGAUCUUUGAACUUUGUUUUAACUCUCGGUGCGGCAGCCGUAGGGGUCGUAUCUGGGUUGUAUAUAUUCGAACCGUUAGUCAAAGACGCAGCAAACCAAUCACACCCGAAACCCAAGAGCUCUGACCCUGUGAUCACUCAAGUAGACGUUCUAUCAGAUCAUAAGUCCGUAGGCCCGAGCAGCAAUAGUGAGAAGCAGGGAGAUAGUAAAUCCACACCAAAAAAUGUGUAGGGUCUGUGCACAUGUUUUAGAAACCUCGAGUUGUGAGACUAUUAUCCAAGGCACUGUCCUGUCGGACGGCCGGGCUCCAUAGGCAAUCCUUAUC